GCGAUGUUAGGGUGUAUGGGCUACGCACCCGCACCCACCAUGCAACCCUGCUAGACUACCACGGUUUACGACCAAUAACCGUCCGCGGCCCACAUUGAUAGUGCGAUCUGAUCUUGCGCUCAUCAAUCGAGUCCUUCUCGCUACUCGGUACGUCCUGCCCCCUUAGCUACGACGCAAAAACCAGGCUCAGACAACAAACGCACAGUGACUCGUCGUGACCCGUGGACCGUCGUUACUGGCCUUUUCCGUUCGGUUUGAUAAUUCACAAGAGAAGAAACCGCUUCGCCGUUUGGUUCCUAGGAUGACUAUUCUAACGUUUCCGUCGUUCAGCGGCAAGUCGGACAAAGCGCCGUUGAUCGGUGACGAAGUCCACCAUGGUCAGACCCAGCCUCCGCCGCCGUAUCACCCUAAGUUCUUGGAGACUGGCGACGGUGGUUUGCCGAACACCAAAAACAACAAUAAUGGCAGUGGCAGCGGCAGCGGCAGCGGAAACGGCAAGUCGGUCGGCACAUGCAUCCACCAGACGGUCGAGUACAAACGGUUGGUGCACAAGAUGGCCAAGAUCACAGCGAUCAUGUUGGUGUUCUUACUGGUCCUCUAUUUCGCCAUCGACACGCUGUGCAAGGCUUACGUUCAGGACAUACAACAGAAGCAACAGGAUACCGAGGACGACGCCGCAGUGCCUUGCAAAUCUUACUCGUCGUAUGCAGAUGCUGAGAGCGAUAUGCUUUUAUUGCCAGACUCUCCACCGCCGAGUUCCAAAAACAUGGUCAUCUCUAUGGUCAUCAACCCGGUGGAGGGAGUCAUUAGAAAGGCGCCACAGAUCACCAUAAACAAAUCGGCCCGCUUCUUGCAUGACUUUAGCGUCAACAUUACCGGCAUCGUUGACUUUGAGAGUCAACGCUGUUACGUUAUGCCGCUGCUUCGCAAUUCUGUUGAGCCACCCGAGUCCCUGUACGAUAUGUUGCUUAAAAUGUCAACAGGAUACUAUUCUGUGGACAUUAACAAAAUUCUCAGUAACUUUCACAUGGUCAAACCGGCCAUCACCAAUCUUUCUGACUACGGCAUGUACAUUUCUAAAGACUGUGCUGACUAUCCCACUUUCAAACUGGAAAAAGACAUUAUGACCGAUUCCCCGUGAGAAGUCUACUGAUUUUCACGUUCAUCGAGGCACAUUAACAACCAAAUAUAACACUACAUUUAAUACAAUACUACAAUUCUUCUUUUUACAUUUAAAAUAUACAGUUGUGCACGUUGACCACUCAGCUGUGGACCAUUAAUUCUGUUACCAAUUUUGACUAAGUUCCUUAGCUGUGUUGUUCCUAUUAUUUUGUGUUCUCAAUCUUCAGUUGUCAAAAGUGCGUACAUUUUUUCACAGCUAGUGAUUAAGACAAGGUCGAUUAUAAUUUUUUUUUACAACUGGAUGUACCUAAUUAUGUUUUAUUUUUUGUACACAAUCCUGGCUAUCCAGAUUGGGCGAUUUUAAAACGUUUAUCAGCAUCCAUUUAAUGACAAAACUAUUAUAUUGUAUUUUACUUUACUAUCCUGUCAACAUUUAUAGUAUUUAAUAGUGUUUUAACAUAUUAUAGAUAAUAUAUUUAUGUAUAGUUUAUACAUUAAGAUUGUAGAUUCAUUUUUUCAGUCUUUGUUUGCGUGACUAUAAAACCAUCAUUUUCUUAUUGAGUUAACAAAUGUUAAUUAUGCUGCAAUUAUCAAUGAUAAUAAUAUUAAAGUAAAAAUAUAGUUAUAGUGAUUUUAUCUGUACUUGCCGCAACUGAUGUGCGAUAAAUCAUAGAUUUUUUUGGCUGUAUAUUAAUAUUAUUGUGUGUUAAUCAUACAUUUUUACAAAUAUCUUUAUUAUGUUUAGCACUAUAUUAUUUAAGCUUUAGUAAUGGUAACAUUAAUCUCUAUACCAUGACACUAAAAAAUGUGUAGUAUUUGAAUACUUAAAUAAUAAAUAUCAGAUUUUUAAUUAUAAAUAUAAUUUAA